UCCAGAGGGAAUUGAUAAUCCAGAAACUCGAGGAAUUGCACAUUUGUCCGGAUCCGUCCAUCGUGCCAGAUAUGAAAAAUGUCGGCGUUUACGAAUUCCAACAUCCGUCGUGCCGGAGAGAUGAUGUCACGAGUGAAUUGGGUAAAUCUACAUUUUCAAGGCAACGCGAUAUCAACAAAGGUGCUGAAAGAUGUCGAAUCGACGCGAUGGUGCAGACGAAGGUUCCUUUCGGAGAUUUAGUUAUUAAUGCACGGGGAAUAAACAAGGCUGUGUCCCUUGAAAAUGACACGUUAAUAAGACCUACUCGAACCGUACUGCGGAAUAACGAUCAGGGGUCAAGGUCGCCCGAAUUGUCCGAUAAAAGAGUCCAUUUUGGAGAUCACUCGCGAAAAUUAUAUCUCGAGGAGACCACGACCCAAGUGGCGGAUAACGGAGAAGUAUCAUCAAGGGAUCGGAAAAGUGACGAAAUCGUUGAAAAACCCGUUAAUGAAAGUGCCGGGCAGUUUAGUGGCGCAAAAGAUGAAACCUCCAACAUCGAUAGAGAGACGCGGACGAAUAUCAGAAGGACCGAAACUGUCGACGUUCGGACUGGCAUCUCAGAAAUGACGAGUAACAGGAAAAUCUUAGAAACCUGGACUCCCCUCGAAACCUCCGAUAAAGGAGUACAGGUGAUCAAACGUGUAAGAGACAAAACCGAGGACGAGAGUACCAAUUCCUUUUCUUCGUUUCUACCCGACGAGAAAGAGAAAUUCGACCUCGAUGACAUCACUUUGACCCCUCCCGAAUUUUCAGACCUAGAUAAAGCUCUGGAGUCCUACAACAAGACCAUGAGGCACAUUGUUCACGGCACGGAAGAAUUAUCUCGAAUUUUCUCGCGAUUCAAGACUUUAGACGACACGAGGCACGACCCUCAAUUUUUCCCUUACGAGAAAAAUGAUAUCGAUGCAUUACCAAGCUCGAGUAUCUUAUCAAAUGGAAAUAAAGUCCCGAUAAACUCAUACGAGGCAGUCCCACCAAAUUCAUUAAUUAUAUUAAAAAGAGAUCACGCAGUGGUACCUUCAAUAUGCCCAAAUGCAUUGCAAAAUCCGCCAGACAUUACCAGAGACCCGAACCAAUCAUUAAAAAAUGGUCCCUGGGAUCGGAGCGUUAUCACUGGUAAUCGCUUCCAAAAAUCAAGAACCACUCGUAACAACGACGAGCCUGCAUUUUUAUCUCUACCGAGUGUUGCUUGCAGCAGUCCCGAUUCGAUCAAGGAAGAUCGCAUCGAUAAGAAGCAUUUGAGAUUGGACAAUCGAAACCAGAGUAGAGAAAUGGCGUCCGAUUGCAGAGUGGAUCAAUCGGUCGGAAUCGGAUUUGAUAACGGCAAGAUAGACGGGAAUUUUCGUCCCCUGGUUGCAGAGUCUGUAUAUUUGCAGACUGGGAUUCCUUGUCAGGAGACACCGAACGAUAAUCUUGACACCUUGUACAACGUUCACGACAAUCGGUGCAGAUAUUCCUUAUCGAUAAGAGGACCCCACGUAGAAGACAGAGGUAUUACCGGGGACCUGAAAAAGGAAAUAAUUAGCGCUCUCGAUACGUUCGACCAUGAAGACUGCGACAUACUUACACAGGUACUCGAUGCACUCAAGUACUCUUCGAAGGCCACGAAGAGAUUCCUUUCUUGGCUUUUCGACAACGCCGAGUCCAUGGACGAUGACGAGGUCGUGCGAGUCCUCCGAGAAGUUGCGAUAAAUCCUGUUACAGAGCAGAAGUUUCGUAAUAUAUGGCACGAAAAACACCGGGGACGCGUUGAUAACAUCUUAUCCCAUAAAUCCUGCGGGGCGAAUUCACAUAUUGACGCAAGGAACUGGAGAGUUAUGUACAAACUCGCUAAAUUUCUCGCCGAAUUUAUGGACAGGACGACAGAAAAUUCCGCAUUCGCCCAAGCCGAUAAUCCGAAGGGCUCGGUGGAGUUGUACAAGAAGUUGCCUAUGAAGGAGGGAGACAAGUCAAAUGUAUCGGGAAGUAAUACCGACGAGGUCCCGACGAACUCGAAAUCUGGGAAUGCAUCAGUUGUCGAUGAGAAAGAUAGUUGUGGCGAUAGACACGCAAUUACUAAAGACAGUGCAACAGCUGUAUCCGAUAGGGAGGACUCGGUUAAUCCGCUCGAAAAUCAGGAUACAGACAUUUCCGAUCAUUUAGAAUCGUCCAAUCAUUUUUCACAAGACGGUCGAGAGAAGGAAACGUUUGGUAGCCAGUCAAUAAAUGAAUUAAGCAUGUGUCUGGAAAGAAACUGCCCAAAUGUACAAGCGGAUACUGUCAGAGAGGAUGAAGAAGCUCAAAACGAAUCUGUCAUCGCAGAAAUAAACCUCGACAGUCCUCGUGAAGAAAUCGAAGCUUCGGAUGUCAAAGACAUUCGAACGUCGAGGGAAAAUAAUAAGAUUUCGCGUUUGGAUGAAAUUCUAGAAAAGAAUUCAGGACUAUCGUAUUCCUCUUUUAGCAAUCUCAGUGUUCAGCCUGAUAAAUCUCUUCGUGCCGAUGUCCAUCGUUCAGAUCAAAUCAGAGAAUUGUCACCCGUUCACUCAAGUGAAAUUCCGAUUACUCAGGACACUUUCGCAGAAGAUAGAUCUCUUUCUUUGGAUGCUGGAAAAAAUUCAGGAAUGUCAUCUUUAGGACUUAUUAAAGAUAAUACCGCGUCUGGGAAUUAUUUCGAGACUCACGAUAAGGAAUCGAGUGAGCAGGUCAUGGACGAAUCGUUGAAAAAUCGUCCUAAUGGUGGUGUCUUGAUUUCAAAUAAUAUUUCUUUGAAGAAACCGACAUUUAAAGGGAAUGAAACUGAUUCCACGAUGUCGACCACCAACGAAGAUAUUUCUCGGCAAGGUGCUCUGCAAGAAAAUACAAAAGUUGAUCGAUAUCAAAAUUCAAUGCCUAUUGAUAUGCCGAAAGACGAAGAAAUUGACGUUUCACUUGUCCGAAAAAAAGAAUCGGACAGUCCUGUCUUCAAACAAGAUAUCAGCGAAGGUUCAAUAAAGAUAUGGAAAAAGCAAACGUUAGCGAGCGAUCGUGGCAAAGACACAUCUUCGGAAACGCUUUCGGAAGGAGAACUAAACCUGCCCAGUUCGUGCUCGUUUUCUCUCGGUGAAAUAAAAGUCUUACAAAGCAGCACGUCGACGGGAAAGACUUUCGAAGAAUUCGAUGGCACGAGCCAUUUAAUUGUAAAGAAUUCGUCGAAUCAUGCGAGCGACACCAGCAAUUCUCUGCCAAGAAGUUUGGGGGAAGUCUACAGACCUGGAUCCGACUCCACGGAAAUUUCAACCGAAGCUUCGACGGACGCGGAACAACCGGAGAGCAAACACUUGCAAUUACGCAAGAUUGUAUGAUGAAGAAUUACUCACACCUACUCCACGGGUUUAUCAUCGGCUAUAAAUUGACGGAGCAGUUAAUUCGAAGGCCUCUUUCUAAAAUGAUCACGGCCAGUAGUAACUUUUAGCAAUAAAAUAUUUCACCCCACGUAUUAUCUUAUCUGAACUGAUAUUAAGUUAUAAAUUCAAAUUAGUAUCUGAAAACAAGCGCUCGCGAUUAAUAAACGAUCGAGUCGAUUUACAUUCCAAUCGCCGUUGUAUCGCACCUAUUAAUUAAAGAAGCUUUCAAUAUUACGUGUAUUACAAAAUUCAAAGGAAUUGGAUUUUCAGUGAGUUUAAAAAUAAGUGUAGUAAAUUGUUCAUACCUUUAUUGGAACGCUACGUUACCGUGAAGCUAACCAUGUAUCUUAAUUACCUUCGGUUUCAUUGACACGAUAAGAAAAUGUAAUAACAGUUCCUGGAAUAAUUAAACAAUUGAUUCACAUCA